CCAACCUUCUUUCUUGCUCAUGCGCCGCCUCCACAUUUCCUCCCUUCGACACUCAACAUUUACAACAAUACCCACAGGCAUGCAUAACAGUUCAUCAAGCAUAUGUCUUUCUCCUGAGAUGCAUACGGCAUUUUCGCUCGUCGCGCUCCUCAGCUAUUAGGACAUAGCUGUACAAGUGCAAAGCUGUUAUCCGCUCUCAUGAAUGGUAUGAGCAUCAUGGGAUCCAAAACUCACUCAAUCUUUCGACCGGUGACGCCCGAAUUCAAAGGUACGCGUGUGCGUUUCCAAAUCUUUCGAAAAUGGGCUCUCUUAUCUGUAACUAUAUCAAAGCUGUUUCCCUGCGUCUCUCUUCAGAGAAACACUUCAGACACCGCGGAGAUGAGGAACACAGCCAUCAUCAGUCUGGGCUAUGCUCUCGCAGGCCUGAGUGUCGUGCAGGCCACGAGCUUCGUGACCGUCACCAAAACCGUUAUCAAGGAUACUUUGGUUGGCAGUGUCAACUCCGCUCCUCUUACCUCAACAUUGGACCGCAGAUCCUUUGUGGAACCCACCACAGUCUUGACGCUAAAGACAAAGGAUGAAGCUUUCGUCUUCACGACAAGACUCGCUUUCGACGGUCUCGAAGGGCCUGGCCACUACCCCACGCCUGAGGAUUGCCAUCCUAUACUAACACCCACCGGGUGGGAAGUGGAACAAGAGGACACACCACCCAAUGCCAUGUCAACCGAAGCAUCAGACCCAGAGUCCGGUGAACAUUCCACUCUCGACAGCGCAAAGGGCACCAGAGCCAUAGCAGCCCGCUCCCCAUCCGACGACCCCGAGGACAACCCCGACGACGACGCCCCUCACUGGCCGAAAACCAUCGCCCUCCCCACAAGAUCAGCCAUGUAUGAAGGACCCACCCGCGACGUCCGCGCCACCGUCCCCAUCGCACCGCCGCCGCCCAAAAUCACCAUCCUCCCCACCGCCAUCCCCACCGACUGGCCCCACCCCAUCGGCCCCGACCAAGACCCCGCCGACCCCGGCCGCCCCGUCAAAAUUCCGGUAAUCUACAAUUCGGAUUAUGAAGAUCCCGAAUCCAAGACGGUGGCGUGGACGGCUCAUCAUUAUUGUGAUGUUUUCCCGCAUCCGAUGUCGUUGUGUACGAAUGAGGCUUGGAUCAAGGAACAUCAGUUGCACACUACGCCGCCGUCCGAGGCUGCGUUGGUGCAGAGGGCGGAGGCGACGCCUGAUCAUUAUUGUGAUCUUUUCGCGCAUCCGAUGUCGUUGUGUACGAAUGAGGCUUGGAUCAAGGAACAUCAGUUGCCCACGGCCAAGGCUCCGUUGGUACAGAGGGCGGAGGCGACGCCUUCUGCUGUUGAUGCUGGGGUGAUGACCGGGAGUGUGGUUAUCUCUCCUGCUACUGUUACUGCUGCAUCUACUGCGACGGCUUAUUGAUAGGGUUUGAGGAUGUGGGUUUUCUGAUAGUGGAGUUGGCAGGAUGUUCAAAUAGUGAAAAAGAAAAGAAGAAAAAAGAAAUAGGAGAGAUAUGCUUUUAUCACAAUUAUUGUUUGAACCUCACACAUACACAU